CUCUCUCAACCUAAAAAUCGCUGUCUUUCAGUCUCUGCACCCCCAUCACCCCAUUCUUUCUGAGACCUGUCAUCACCAUGAGAGUGAGAGCCAGACCAUAACCCUGGGCACCAUAAAUUGGUGCGGAAAGAUCCACUACUCAAAGCAAAAGGGUCUGCAAUCUGCAUGAUAUUUUCUCAUGACAUGGCCUUCCCACCAUCUCAUACUUACAUGUUCCAAACUCAUGAUCUCCAAGAUCAGGACCACCUCCCUGCCUCCAACACCCUUAAUCCCUCCUGUCCUCCUCAGCUCUAUCAUGGGCAUGUCCCUUUCAUGAUGAAGAGAUCCAUGUCAUUUUCUGGCAUUGAAAAUAGGUGUGAAGAUCAGCAUGGAGAUGAUGAGUUGUCUGAUGAUGGAACACAUAUUGGGGAGAAGAAGAAGAGGCUGAAUUUAGAGCAGGUGAAGGCACUUGAGAAGAGCUUUGAGCUGGGAAACAAGCUUGAGCCAGAGAGGAAAGUACAGCUGGCCAAGGCUUUGGGCCUGCAGCCAAGACAAAUAGCCAUAUGGUUCCAGAAUAGAAGGGCUAGGUGGAAGACCAAGCAACUGGAGAAAGACUAUGAGGUCUUGAAGAAACAGUUUGAAGCAAUCAAGGCUGACAAUGAUGCUCUCCACGCCCAGAACAAGAAACUUAAUGCAGAGUUAAUGGCUCUAAAAAGUAUAGAUACAAGUGAAGCCGGGCUUAAAUGCAUGAAGAAGGAAACCGAGCUUUCAUGGAGCAAUAAUGGAAGUGAGAAUAGUUGUGACAUCAACUUGGAUAUUUCAAGAGCACCUGCAAUGAACAUCGCAGUAUCUUCACAACUAAGCAGUAAGCAGCUCUUCCCCUCAUCCCUUAGGGCUACAAGCAUGUCCCAACUCCUCCAAGGCUCAUCAAGAUCGGACCUCCAAUGCCUGAAAAUUGACCAAGUGCCUCAAGAUGAAGGCUUCUGCAACAUGUUCAAUGGCAAUAUUGAAGACCAACAUAAUUUUUGGCCGUGGCCCUAGUUGUAUAGAUUUAAACAUAUCUAGCUGCUCCAAUUUCACUUGGGGUUGGAAAUCAGUAUGGGAAAUUGAAUAAACACUGGAAAACACACUAUCUUUUCCUUUCAUUUUGUGGAUUGUGAUGAAUAUGCUAGGUUGAAUCAUACCCUCUUUU